GUGGAAGUCGAUCCGCGCGGACGCUUCCUGCAGGUUAAAGGCAACCAGCUAGCAGCUAACAGCUAGCUGAGUGCGUCAAAUAAAGUCGUCGCCCAGGUGAAGCGAACCGCCGACAGCUUUUCAUGCUGGCGACUCGCUGACAACACUUCCACAAACUUGUUGGCUGUCGUGUUCCGUCUCCAUGGCUACCGAAGACUUUUACGAGGUGGAACGGGUCGUGGACAAGCGCAAGAACCGCAAGGGGCGGACGGAGUACCUGGUUCGAUGGCGAGGGUAUGGCUGCGAAGGUGAUACGUGGGAGCCCGAGAGUCACCUGACCACGUGCAUGGUGUACGUGCACGACUUCAACAGGCAGUACGCCCAACAGCAUCGAGACGCCACCCUGCUGCGCUCCACCCGCAGCUACCCGUGCGGCCCGACCGCCGGCGUCGGACAGCUUAUGUCCGCCGGCGGCCCGGAAACCAUCUCGGCCCUUCGGCCCGCCCCAGCUCACCUGCCUGCCGCCGCCGGACUAGAGGAGACGGCGGGUCCAAUGGCGGCGCCUCCGAUGUCCGCGCCGCCGGUCGGCCCCGCCCGUCGCAGUCUGGACCUUUCCAAAAGCGGGAUAAAAAUCCUGGUGCCCAGAAGCCCCAUGAACAGCCUUCUUGAGUCGCCCAGCGAGGCGGCGUCCAGCGAGGCGGCCCACAGCACAGAUGCCGGUGCCCGCGACGCCCACGACGUGCCCCCCGAGGUCGCCCUGGAGCAACCAACCGACGUGCAGCUCGGCCCGGGGCAGCUGCGCGCCCGCAUGGGGAUCAGGUCGCGCAGCCACAACACCCCGCCCGCAACGCUCACUGCCGUGCGAGCCCUCAAUGGCGCAGGCGCUUCGGGCACGACGGAGGACAUCGGGGCCGGCGGGGCGCCGGCAGGUACCGUGGCGACGGGCGCCCCGACAAAACGUCGUCCGGAGGAGCGCGGCGCUUUUGACAAACGUUUGCGCUUCAGCGUGCGUCAGACGGAGAGCGCCUACCGCUACCGCGACAUUGUGGUCAAGAAACAAGAUGGCUUCACGCACAUCCUUCUGUCCAGCAAGAGCUCGGAAAACAAUGCACUCAACCCUGAGGUGAUGAAGGAGAUCCAGAGCGCCAUGGCGACGGCGGCGUCCGACGACAGCAAGUUGGUGUUGCUGGGAGCCGUCGGCAGCGUCUUCUGCCGCGGCCUCGACUUCCUCUACUUCGUCAAACGUCUCACGGACGACAGAAAGAAGGAGAGCAUCAAGAUGGCCGAAACCAUCAGGACCUUCGUGAACACGUUCAUCCAGUUCCGUAAACCUAUCGUGGCUGCCGUCAACGGGCCGGCGCUGGGAUUGGGCGCCGCCAUCUUGCCGCUGUGCGACGUGGUGUGGGCCAAUGAGAAGGCCUGGUUCCAGACACCCUACGCGGCGUACGGACAGACGCCCGACGCCUGCUCCUCCUUCACCUUCCCGCGCAUCAUGGGCCCCCCCUCGGCCAACGAGCUGCUCCUGAGCGGCAGGAAGUUGACGGCGCAGGAGGCAUGUUCGAAAGGGUUGGUCUCGCAGGUUCUCUGGCCGGGAACCUUUGCGCAGGAAGUCAUGCUGCGCGUCAAGGAACUGGUUGCCGUCGACUCGCUUGUCCUGCGUGAGUCCAAAGCCUUGAUGAGGAACUCCAGUCGAAGUUCUUUGGAGCAAACCAACGAGCGCGAGUGUGAAGCCUUGAAGAGAAUUUGGGGCUCGUCGCAGGGAACCGAUGCCAUUUUGCAGCACCUGCAGAGAAGCAGAGAGCUCUACUAGGACCAGGAGCAGGACUUGUUUGUGGAUGUGGACCUAGACUUGCUUCCAGGUGUGGACUGGACUUAUUGUUUGAGCAUAAAGUAAGUUAUGAGUGGACCUAUACUUGCCCCCAGGUGUAGACUGGACUUACUGUUUGAGCAUAAAGUAAGUUAUGAGUGUUUUCUUCGUGAACUUGUAACUAUACUGAGCUCGCCUGAGGAUCCCCAACAUGAAAUUUGAGCCAAGGUUUGAAGCGUCCUAGUUGAUGCUAAGAUAGCACAGCUCCUUUCGAUGUCACAUGAUGUAGUUGGCACAUUUGUGCUUUUUCUACAUUGGCAAGUAAACAGAAAGAGGAGCAUUGUAGUACUCGUUUCAAUUGACAAGGAGACCGCCCCCCCCUGUUCAUGCAACCUUCCACCCUCCAAGCUCCAGCCAAAUGUAAUUUGUAGCUUUUUUGUCUGGGUCCCCAGCCACCAGGCCACCCACAGAGACUGGGCUUUUUUUUGUUUUUGUUUUGUUUUUUGCGUAGCGGUAGACAGGGCUCAAAAAUCUAAGUCACGCAGGUCGGUGGAGCUGUCCACCCAAACACCAUCGGGGGGCCCCUCCGAUGGCAGGUCACGAGUGCCAAUCAAUUGGAACAAAAAAUAUUUUAUUGCUCAUUGAGUGCGAAAUAAGUUGUUUUUUUUUUGGGGGGGGGGUGCAUGCGCCUGUGCCUCUGUCAAAAUUUCAGUCAGGUGAUACAGAAAAAAGCAAACCCACAAGCUACCAAAAAACGGGUUUAAAAAAAGAGGAAAAAGAUUACCCCAAGAUUGGACAGGCUUGUUGAAGAGAAACAAGCGCCGGCUCCCAACUGAAUACAACAACUCUGUUCAGUGGAAAGCUGAGUUGGACCUCUAAUCAUUUGUUUUUAUCUUUACCUGAAACUUGUUCUUGGCGAAAAAAUGUUGGGGACCUGCUUUUACGUGACCCAUCUCUACCUUCCCGUAGGCAGGGGCUUUUUCUCCAUUACGUUUAUAACUUAAACCCUCUAAAAGCAGUAGCUCAAACUUAACCUCUUUUCUAGAUGUGUGACACCAUGAAAUGUUCAAACCCCCCCCCCCUUUUUUUUUUUUUUUUUAACUCUUGCCUCUGUCAAAACAAAUGACUUAACGAUUAUGCAUCACAAAAAAACAUCUUUAUUUACCAAAAUAAAAGGUGAUCUUCUGUGGCAAAGUAAAAUGCUCUUCCAAACAAAACAAUUUCUCAGCAUAAUAAAAACUUGCGUAAUUUAACCUAUGUGCCGACCUAAGAAUAUGUUUAGAAGAAAUUGGACAUUUCAAGUUAUUAACUAUAUUUUCUCUCCUGAUAAACGUCCGAGUCCAUUUGAAGUUUUUCAACCGGUGGGUGUGGUCAUGAGGCGGGCGUGGCCAGGUGCAGAGAGUAGGCGUGGUCAGGGAAGAGCAUCAGCGUGUAAAAGUUUCGCUCGUGCGCAUACAGAUUGUCCGCAAAGCCGUAAACCGUCAGAGCCGCCCAUGGCGGGGAGUGGGGCCGCUCCAGGAAGUGCCUGCAACAAACACACGGGAGGACGAUGGCUGAUCGGCGGCCGGGAUCUCGAGGUGCGGGUCAAAGGUUACCUGAGCUGCUGGAUGAGCGUCGUGACGUUUUCAGGAAGCAGCAGACCGCGCGCAGAGAGUAGAAACGAGCUCGGAGAAGACGCGACGGAUUCUUGAGGACACGCCAGCGAUGACAGGAAGCUGUCGGCGGCGUUGGCGCUGCAAUGACAGAGUCAUCGAGUCAUAAAACUAAAGUGACAAUGUCGUUGUGUCACGUGACCGGCGGUCUCGUCUCCUCACCGGCUGAUGUCGGCUUGGACGGCCCCGAGCCACUCCAGAAAGCUUAAGGGGUCGUAUGAGUGCAGGUCAGAGGUCAGCGGGGCAGGGCAGGUCAGGUCAGUCAGUAGGCGACUGCUGACCUCUGGCAUGUGUUGUGACCAAUCGUAUCGUGAGAGCAGCAGCUCGAGUGCGUCUCUGCCACCUGCGCACACACAGCUAAAGAUGAUGAACGCAGUGAAGGUUUUUGAUGUUACACGGGGUCUUUGGAGGUCCCGUUUACCACGACGUGGCAACUCCCCACGUUCUGACCGUUUCCCACCUUCAUUGAGCCAAUCUCAUCGUGCCGCGCCAAAGAAAAACGUGUCGACCGGUACCUUGAUUCCAAGUGCCGCAACUUGCGAGUUGUCUUGAGUUUUUGGAGCCAUCCCAUGGUCAUUUUUUUUUUUUUUUUUUUACACGUCAACAUCUGAAUGGACUACAGCAGUGGUACUCAAACUUCUGACACCAAGUACCACCUCAAAAACUACUUUAAUAUUUAAUUCAGUGAUUGUUUCACAUACCACUAGAGGGAACCUGCAUACCACUAGUGCAGUGGCACAUAUUUUACCAUUGAAACAUCUCACGGCACACCAACAAACAAAAAUGUCACAAAAAGUGGCUACAUUAAUUACUGUAUGUACUUCCUGCCAUCUAAUAGAAGAGCAUUUAUUUGUUCUGUCUGUCUCUUUGCCUCACUGGCAUAAAUAGAUAAAUAACAAUACAUUAUUUCUUGGAAAUAAUUUUUUUAGCAAUGACCGUAUUUUCACAACCACAAGGGGCGCACUCAAAAGUCUUAAAUCUUCUACAAAAUUGACGGGGCGCCUUAUAAUGUGGCGCGCCUUAUGUGUGCACCGAGUUCCAAAAUCUAUAAAUGUGUGAUGAGCGCUCCGCUUGACUGACUGGGAGCAUUUCCUGCCGACAUGCUGCUUAUAUAGAGGAAAGGCGGACAGCAUGCGGAUGUUAAAGGGGGAAGGGUGCGCGUGAAGGAGGGCGCUAAAGGCACGCCCCCAGCAGGUAUAUAGCGCCGGUAUGUGCAUUUUGCAAAACAACAUCGGUUUGGCUAAGGACCCCCGAAAAUGGCACCUAUGAAGAGACACGCUUACGAAGCACAGUUUAAACUGUAAGCUGUCAGUUACGCGGAGGAACGUGGGGAUCGAGCAGCCGCGAGAGAAUUCAAAAUCAACGAAUCCACGGGUCGCAAGUGGAGGAAGCAGGAAAAUGAGCUUCGCCAAGUCAAGAAGACAAAGCUGAGUUUCCGCGGAAACAAGGCAAGGUGGCCCGAGUUGGAAGAACAACUCGAGCAAUGGAUUAAUGAGCAAAUAAUGUAUGUUUUACCAUGCUUGCGCCCAAUAAUACGGUGCGCCUUAUGUAUGUGUUAAGAUACAGAAAUAGACCCCAUAACCGAGAGUGCGCCUUUUGAUACGGUGCGCCCUAUGGUCGUGAAAAUACAGUAAGUCAAAUUUGAUAUUUCCCAUGGCGCACCUGAAGAGCGCUCACAGCACACUGGUUGGGAAUCACUGCACUAGUGAUACAGUGGACCCCUGCAUAUUUCUAUUUGACGGUGCGCCGCGUCACGUCAGCCGCCCUCUGCAGUUGCCGCGACGUGGCAUUCUGUGCUGCCGCCCCCUCAGCACAUGCACAAUGAAUGGCAAAGUUGCCACGGCUUGCGCGUUGCCAAGUGCAGUGUGAAAAGUACUCAUUCCACACUUUGAGAAUCACUGUACUACAUACAGUGGGUGUGUGAGAGACUUUCAUCUUAAUUACACUUAAUAAAACCACCAUUUCUUUCCGUUCCCUUAUUUUUAUAGUGUUGUUGACACAAAUCUUUCCGUUUGGGUUUAAGCCUUAUUGAGGGGCGACCACAACCAACGGUGGUCUUCCGUCUGUCCGGGUCCUCUGCGUCUUCUGCUCAAUUUUGCAGUCUACAAAGCAGACAACGUGGCUGCUCUCACUACUAGUGUCGUAACACUUGAGACCGGUCUCAAGACUGCAUUUUGAAGGUCUUGGUCUCGUCCUAGUCUCGGACUGGCCAGACUCAGGAUUUUCCGUCGAGACCAGCACUGAUGUCAUGAAUGUGAUCCUAAGGAGAAGCACUUGGUAAAAAAACAAAUACCUUCAAUUCAUGUGUUACUAACAGCCUCUGUAAUGACUGCAACCUUCGUGCCACCUUUCUCAGAUGAAUAUUUCUGGAAAGAGGUUUUAAUUUUUACCUUAAAUUGGCAUUAUUAUGAGACCCCAGCGUGCAUGUUUAGGUCACAAAAUCUGUUUCUUAAAAACAACAAAGCUCUUCAAAUCUUCAUUUUUAAAUACAAAAAAGGAUAGAUUUUUUGCAAGAAUUUAGUUGGAAAAAAUUAAGAUUUGAGCGUUUUACAUGUUGUGCUUUGAAAGAGUUGCAGACACUGUGUUUUUGGCUGUCAAAUGUAUUUUUAAAAAAAUAAAAUAAAUGAACGCAAGAUUGCUGUUUAACUGUUCAACCUUGUUAUGGUUUUAAAAAUUUUUUUUUUCAUGGUAUUGGUCUCGUCACGGUCUCAGCUUGUCUCCGUCUCGACACCCAAAAGUCUUGAGCACAAUACUACUCACGGGCUCCAACUUGCAUACAAAAUCAGGUUCUGUGGCUGCCAUUACAACUGAAGUGCUGUACUGUAUAUUGAAUUGCUUGUGUGUGCAUCAUGAGAAACACGUCACCUGAAUGAGGCGCCAACAGGAAGUCCAUCUUUAGCGGAAGGCGUGACGUCAGGCCACUGAUGAGACGCUGGUAGCCACGCCCGCCCGGAGCCAUGCUGCUGUCAGUCAAAUCCACGACGACCACUACAAGCAUCGAGAUAAAGAAAAACACUGUUCUAUACGCAAAUGCAUCUACGACUACAAGAACUAGUGUUGAGUGCUGUCAUUUUAUAUUUCAGUUUUUCCCACUGAAUAAACGGCAA